GGGGAAAUGGCACGGGCAGCGCGUGUCAUUUGGUGCGGGCGAAGGUCCUCCGAAUUGCUCUUCUUUUUGGACAAAGUGUAGGCAGUUGGGGUUGGGAAAAUCUCGCCGAGUCAUCACAUUUGGCGGCCGGCCGGGAACAGCAGCCCUCCUGAGGGGCCCAGGACCAGGUUCCAGCCGCACCACCGCAGUUCCUCACUUGACAAGCCACCCCGGGAGCCAGUUCCAUGGAGCAAACACAGACAAUCCUGGGCCAGCCCUUUCCCAUCCCUGCUUCCCAGCCCAAGAAGAAAAGGAUGCAAAUGAAAUCUUUCUUUUCUAAGGUCUCUUGGAAACUGAGGUUGCAGAAGCAAGAGCCUUUGAAGAAUGUGUUUUUCAUCUUGGCAGAAAGAGCCUGGGACUCUAAUGCUAAAAAGCGCCAUCUGGCAAUGAGAGGCCUGGGUACCAUGGCCUGUGAAGCCCCCGACCAGCAGGUGAGAAAGUACAAGAAGGUUAUUCUAGAUCUGUUGGUGCAUGGAUUGUACGACCCUGUUAGCUCUGAAGUCAUCCACGAGAGUGUGAAGACUCUGACCAUCAUGCUGGGCAAGAUCCAGGGCGUAGGUCUGGGCUCCUUCUUCAUAGACAUCACCCUUCAGACCCGGACUUUAUUGGAUGAUGAGAAUGACAGUGUGAGAUACUCAGCCUUCGUUUUGUUUGGGCAAUUGGCUACCUUUGCUGGGCAGAAAUGGAAGAAAUUUUUCACCCAUCAGGUUAAGCAGACACAAGAUUCCCUCCUGACCCAUUUACAGGACAGAAACCCCCAGGUUGCCAAGGCUUGCAAAACAACGGUUCAAGCCUGUGUUCCGUAUCUGAAGCCAAGGAAAGAGUACAGCUUCCAGAGUGAAGAAGAUCAAAGAAACCCCAGACUUUCCCGGCAUCUGAGCCACUAUCAUCCAGAGGUCUUGCUGUUCUUCUAUGCCAAUAAAAUUCUAUAAGUCCAGAGAUGCAGAAGAAUGCUCCUUGCCUGGGAUCAUGAAUACCCUGCCCAGGACAUCCUAUUCCAUUUGUUGUCUCUUUGGAUGCCUCGUCUACCUGACUCUUGCAAUUGUAACAGGAAAGAGGAUGCCAGGAGAGCAUCUAAAGGCAGAAAUGACACCAGGGAAUUGUAUCCCUGUACCCAAAGCAAAAUUCUAAAUUGCUUUCGCAUUUCUCAUUUCCUCUCACACAAAUUUAUUGAGAGGUACAUACUUCCUUCUUAAAAUAAUUUAUAUGUGUGUAUGCAGGUGCACAUGUGUGCAGGUGAUUGUGGAGGUCAGAGGAUGACCUCAGAUCUUGUUCCUCAGUUGUCAUCCACUUCUCCAUGAAGACAGGGUCUUUCAAUUGGCCUUGGGCUUGCUGAUUAGGUGAGACUGAAUGGCUAGUGAGCCCCAGGGAUCUGCUUGUCUCCUCUUUCUAGUGCUGUGAUUUUUAAGCACACUUCAGUGUGCCAGCUUUUUUUAUUUUUAAAUAUGGGUUCUGGGGCCUAAACUUAGGUUGUUGUACUGAGCCAUCUCCUUAGCUUGAGACUUUCUUUAAAAUAUUUAAAACAUAUGAACUUUCAAUGCUUAUUUCUCGGUUCAUUGCUGUCAAGUAACUUGCAUUUCUCAAAUUUAACUUCUGAGGCUUUGGAGACUAAUUACUACCUUAAGCAUUUAAAAAAAAAUAUAUUUGCUAUUAAUAGUUGGGUAUUUGCUCUUUAUAUCUUUUCUUGCCAAGACUUACUCAAAGUUGUCCAAGAUACCAAGAAGCUAGCUUGCAUGGUAUCUUUCUCAUGAUCUUAGAAAAUCACUGUGCUAAAGAACUUCAAAAGAAGAAAUAUUGUAAAAAAAUCCUCAAAAUGAAAACUUACAGAGUAAAAAUUAUAACAUUUACUGAGAGUGUUCAUGAUUUAUUGGGCACUAAGAACUCUUUUGGGUUUGUAUCAUGAUCUGCUUUGCCCAUUAGAAUGUGCUGGAAGUAUGCUCUGCCCAUUCUAGAAGCCCUGACAGUUUCCUCUUUUGUAUGGGUGGAAGGCAGCUGUUGUAUAAAUCAAAUUACCACAAACAAAAGACAAAGUCCGAAAUCAUCUUGGAGAACCCAGCCCACAGUGAUGUCUGAGGCUCAGACCCAGGACCCAACUGACUGGUCCAGCCGGACCCUGGUCAUUCAAGCUCCCUUGGCUGAUACCAUAGGGAAACAAGGCACCGUCUCCAUCACACUCGGGCAGGUUACAGAACUGAGAACGAGGAACCAAAUGACUGAUAUGGCAAGUCUUUCAUUUGGGGGAUGGUUUGUCCCACAGCAGUGGGAACAAUAAAGGCUUCUUACUCCUUUUGUCAUUUUGUUUAUUCUGUAGCCUUCACCUCAGAGGUGCUGAUUAGGGAGGGAAAAAAUCAGAAAGUCAGCUGCAGCUGUUAGUCCUCUUGGGAAGAGCCCAGUUUUGACAAAUAAGGAUCAUUAUCUCACUUCUUAGAAGUGUUCUACAGGUUACCUUCAUACUAGUGUUUAAAAUCCCUCUUUACUCACAAGAUGCCUGUGAUGUCAGCUGGCUGGAUUAGGAAUCUCCUAGGAGACAUACCUCUGUGUCGGUGAGAGCAAUUCCUGAGAGGUUUAACUGAGAAGGAAAGACCCUCACUGAUCGAGGGUAGGACCAUCCCCUGGACUGGGACUCCUGACUGAAUAAAAAGAGGGAAAAGGCCGGGUGUGGUGGCACACACCUUUAAUCCCAGCACUC